CUGAGCCCUUGACAAGCAGGCCUGCAGAGGAAACUCUAAGCGGAAAGAGUGCAGCGGACCAGGUCACGUUAAGCACCGUGAAAUGUCAUUUAAAUGUAAUCAAACCAGUUUGCCAAGAGCUGAAAGUCAGGUGCUGGGUGUGUGUGUGGAAAGAGGAGUUGGAGGAGAGGAGGUGUGCCCAUAGUGCCAAAAACAGCAGGGACAGUUAUAUGAUAAGGUGCUGCUUUGAAUUCCUCUUGCUGUCAGGUUUUUUCGUUGAAUUGAAAUUUGGAAGAGCUCAGCAUGGAUUUCUAGUACAAGAAGAUGCUUCCGUUUCUUGAGAAGAAGAUGAGCUCACUUUUCAUCAAUUACUACAGUGGUUUGUAUAGCCCACAUGGAGGUGGACAGAGAUGGUGGUGUUGAUAGACUUUCCGGCCCCUGUGGGACACCUGUCGACCGCUGGAGACAUGAGGAUGCCGUUCUCAGAUACGGUCAAGUACUGUAUCCUGGGCAUCUCGGUCACUUUGCUUCUGGUGGCGCUGGUUAUCCUUGCAUGGCAGAUCUUCAGAUGCUGCACGCAGUCACCCAGCGCAUACAUGCGGCAAGAUGCGGUGAACAGUGAUCUGCUCUACACAGAGGAAAAGUCAAGACGAGCAGGAAACCACUCUGGAGCUCCAAGUACAAGGGUGGAGGAAGUCGGCACGGAGGUCGGCCGGCUGAGUCGCUGUCUGUCUCAGACCUCGUGUUCCCCCACAGGAUCCAGCCAGGCAGACAGACACAUGGAGGAGCAGAACAGGGUCGAUGGAUCGCUCCGUUUCUCCAUCUAUUAUGACCAGCUGCAGUCCCAGCUGGUGGUCACCGUGUUGCAAGUGGAGGGGCUUCGUGAUCACAGCCAGAAGCACAGUCUCCAGCCAUUUGUAAAGCUUAGUCUCAUGUGGGCAGGUUCAGAAGGAGUAGAACUGGGGGGCUCUACGGAUGAGGAGGGUGAAGGGUCAGCCCCAAUCCUGUGGGCUGUGCUGCAGGAAUGGCGCACUCGCAUCGUAAAAGGCAGCUACAACCCUUUAUUUGGAGACCAGUUCAGCUGUGUUCUGCACGAGCACAGGGACUUUGAUCGCCUCAGACUCAGGAUGGAGGUGAGGGACUUUGAUAAAUUCUCCAGACACACAGUAUUAGGAGAGGUUAGGGUUCCUCUUGGGAAGCUCAACAUGUCCUACCCUCUGGAGCUGCAAGAAGAUUUACAGAUACCACAGAAGGUUCUUGGAGGAGAGACGCUUCUGUCUUUAAAGGUUCUUCCCACUGCUCAGAGGCUUGAGGUUGGACUGCUCAAGGUCAGAAUGGUCCUCGCUGAAAUAUCCUCAGACACAGCCCUGUACGCCAGGAUCAGUGUGCAGUGCAACCAUUCCAAGUUGAGGCACCAAAAAACCUCUGCCGUGGCCCGCCGCCUGGUGACUGUCUUCAACGAAGUCCUCAUGUUCUCGCUGCCAGACUUUCCUCUGCAGCAGUGUAAAAUUGUAGUUUCAGUGUAUGAGAUGCAGAUGACGAGGAUGUCAAACAAUCAUUUGAUUGGUCAGUUGACUGUGGGGAAGGAGAAGAGCUCAGAAGAUGAGCACUGGAGCCUGAUGAUGCACUCAGUCCGCCAGCCAGUCGCAAAGUGGCAUGGCCUUCUGAUCUGAGUGACUGAAUAAACCUUUUGCACUUUCUGGAUGUUGGAGCCCACCGGUGUUGAACUAAAUGCUGUGGUGCUUGUGUAUCGGGCUCUAUAGGGACCUGUGCUUCAUAAAGUGAAGGCCAAACGUGGACUUCUUCAAGUCAGGAUGGUGACAGUGAUAUGAGUGACAGCCCAACUGAACCAUUAGGUUGCUCAAUCUUCUUGCUCAUUGACAUCUUUUUUUUUUUUUUGAAACUGCAUUAAAUUGAAAGAGCUCUAUAAAGAUCUGACAUAUUUACAUCCCUUAUUUCUGAUAGGAUGCCUCUCGUCUUGCACUUACUGUACUCACUCAGUCAAUGACUGUGUUGUUUUUAUCAAUGUUACAUUUACCUUUAUGCUCUUGUGCUUGCACUAAAUGUCCAUUAUGUCCAGUUCGAUGUGAAUGAGAGUGUUCCCUAAUGCCUUAUAGGUAAAAGAAACAAAAAGCUAAUUUACACAGUCGAAGUUGAUUUCUGAAUCUCAGUCACAACCUGUUACAUACUGACACUUUGGGACAGUAGGACAGGUCGACUGCCAUCCCAAAGAAUCAUGA